AUGGCCGCUCCUUCAAAUCUCCCCCCCAUCUUCAACCCUACCUCCCAGGACAUUGAGAUGCUCCUCGCAGCUCAGUCCCAUCUCGGGUCCAAGAACUUGCAGGUUCACAUGGAACCGUACCUGUGGAAGACUCGUCCUGACGGCAUCAACGUUAUCAACCUGUCCAAGACCUGGGAGAAGAUUGUCUUCGCCGCACGCAUCAUCGCCGCAAUCGACAACCCAGCCGAUAUCUGUGUCAUCUCCGCCCGCCCCUACGGCCAGCGUGCUGUCCUCAAGUUCGCCGCACACACCGGUGCAGUUGCCAUUGCCGGUCGCUUCACUCCCGGUAACUUCACCAACUACAUCACCCGCUCAUUCAAGGAGCCCCGCCUCAUCAUCGUGACUGACCCGCGCACCGAUGCCCAAGCCAUCAAGGAGGCCUCCUACGUCAACAUCCCCGUCAUCGCUCUCUGCGAUACCGACUCCCCAACCGAGUUCGUCGAUGUGGCUAUCCCUACCAACAACAAGGGUCGUCAUGCCAUUGGUUUGGUUUGGUGGUUGUUGGCUCGCGAGGUGCUUCGCCUGCGCGGAACACUUGCGAACCGUGAGGUCGACUGGGAUGUCGUGGUCGAUCUGUACUUCUACCGCGAUCCCGAGGCUGAGGAGAACAAGGAUGAAGAGCAGAAGCCGGGCGUUGAGGAGGCUGGUCCUGGUGCAGUUGAUCGUGGCUUCACUGAUACGGCUGAUUGGGCUGGCGAGAGUGGUGCCGCUCCAGGUAUCGAGGGCGCCCCGGCUCCUGAUGCCAAUUGGAAUGAUCCUGGCACUGGUGGUGACUGGGCUGAUGGCACGGCUCAGCCUGCCACCGGAGCUCAGCCCGCUGCUGGCUGGUAA